GUCACCCUCACCACCAUGGCGUUCUUCAUGCGACGCCCGUUCGCCGUUCCGACGGCGCUUCGGCAAAUCUCCAAACCCGCUAACAGCGCUCGUUUCAUCCACAACACGCCCUUCAAGGCUCAGCCCAAGCCUACCGGUCCCGUCUCCAUUUUCGCAAAGUCCCGUCAGACCUUCCAGAAUGCUUUCCGCCGCACCUACAUGCAGCCCACCUACAAUGUCCAGGGUGGCAACCUCACUCAGAAGCUGCUCUACGGAGCCACCAUCAUCGGUGGUACUAUCCUCGCAACCAACCUGAUCUUCAACCGCGAAACCAGAGAAGAUGGCGGCAUGCCCCCGUUUGAGCGCAGCUUCCUGAACGAGACGUUUAUGCACACUGGACUUGGUGUUGGUAUCAUCGGUAUCGCUGCUCGGGCUCUGCACAUGAAUGGAUGGUCUUACCGCUUGAUGGCUGCCAGCCCCUGGGCUGUCAUUGGUCUCGGUCUGGUUGCCAGCGUUGGCACCAUGUAUGGCACUUUGUACACUUCUCCCGAUAACUACGUUCUGAAGUACGGUCUCUGGACGGCUUUCAACGUCACCCAGGCUGCGCUCCUGUCUCCCCUGAUGUUCAUGAACCCCGCUAUCCUCGCUCGCGCUGGUCUCUACACCGUUGGAAUGAUGGGCUCGAUCGCUUUCGUCGGUGCCACCGCUAAGCAGGAGAAGUACAUGUACCUGGGUGCUCCUCUGCUCGCUGGUGUGACCAUCGUUGCUCUGUCUGGCUUCGCUCCUCUUGUCCUCCCCGCCACUGCCACCCGCGCUCUGAUGUGGUCCGAGAAGAUCUGGCUGUACGGUGGUCUCGCCGUCUUCGGUGGUUUCACCCUCUACGACGUCCAGAAGAUCCUUCACCACGCCCGCCUGGCCGAGAGGGGCAUUGUCCGCAAGGACGUUGUCAACGAGGCCAUCAGCCUUGAGCUGGACUUCAUCAACAUCUUCGUCCGUAUGGUCCAGAUCCUGGGCAUGCGCAGCAACAACCGCCGCUAAACGCAUUUCGCAUCGCAUUCGCGCAUCUUCAUCCGCCCUGGUCUAGCGCUAGAGCGUACAAAUGCAUGAGCCCUUCAUAGCAACACCCGGAUAUGCACGAUCUCGGACACGAUGAUAAUCUGAAACAAAAUGGUACUUUUGUUUUUUGAGGAUCCGUUUGUAUUAGUAUUUCAGCAUGGUUUCCACCAAUAAUUCAGCCUGUGUUUCGAAGAUGAGAGGCACCCUACCCUAACUCUCCGCCCCGAUGGCCAGGGUUAGCCACGCAGCUCCGAUACGGGGC